CAAGAGCUAACGGCAAAAAAACUGCAAUUGGCUUCUCACUCUCCCGCACAGUAUUGGUACCAGAGGGGCUUCUUCAGAAAGCGAUGACGUGGUACACCACGUCAGAUUCUCACACAGGCAUAAUUGGUUCUUCGUCUCGAGAGAUACCGAUACCUACAGAGGCUGGAUUUUGUUCAGAAGAUGACGCUCAGCAAGUACCAGGAUGACGACAGGAGACAGAACGAACGGGCUACUUGUGCUUCUCCAGAUUUGUGACACCAAACCUGGACAAUCGUUGAUCGAAAAUAGACGCAUCGCCGCGGGUGAACUGUAUCGCCUGCUUCACCUCCAGUGGCGGUUUCAUCCCUAAUUCGUCUGCUCGAUACCAACGCUCCGAUCUGGAGAGGCCACAACAUGGGCCAUACUGCACCACCGCAAAACCACAAAAAUGCCCCACAGGGGCUUCGCAGUGACACACAGCUCCCGAAGCGGUGUACUGAUGUCACAAUGACUUCAUGCCACUAGGCUGUUUGUCCACACACCUGAACUGCCAUGUCGAACCUUUGUAGCAUUGGCUCAAGGGCUGUGCCGAGCGCUUGCCCCUCAUCACCGCCUAGGACAAAGUGACGAGUCUUCUGACGCUCGAGGCUAAGCUUGUGUCGAAGGGUCUCACUUAAUCCUUGGAACCGAUUACAAGGAUUAGUGCGAUGACUGUUCUGGCCACAAAACACCCGGGAUUGUUCAGCCGCGUCUCUGGUGUCUCGAAGUGAGCAAAUACGCUUUGGCUGCGCGACAGCCAUCCGCACCUCCGGCGAUGACGCGGUAUCGAAUGGACCUUCAGUGGUGCAUUUCUUGGCAAUCUGGUAUGAACCUUUACACAGCGCUGAAUGAGGGAGUCUAAGCGGAGCUGUAUGGUGCUUGGUUUUGCUUCUAACUCCCUUGCUAGAUGGUGGUGAUUUGCCGCUACCAUGCUCCCGGUCAGCUGACGUCCGGCGUGGACCUCCUCUCCGGCCUUUCUUUGGCGUUUCGCGCAAUUCUUCAGCGUUCAUUUUGGCCAAAGCACACGAAUAAAAUGAUGGCAUAAAACUGACAAGUAAGGUGAGCUUGGACACCGUGCGACAACACGGUACUCGCCAUCGACUGACCUUCCAAUCUGGACAAGGUGAGUAUUGAAGACCACAGCGGCUCGACAUGCGGCACCGACUGUCAAAACCAGCAACCGUCUGGAGGGCAGCUACAGUGCAUGCGAUACACGUAACAUCCGAACAAAAAUUCGUAUCAGGGUAAACGGCACUUGACAGGGCAGCCAUAAAAAGCUUCCUUGUUCAUUCCAUCCGUAGUAUUGCAUUAGGGGUCGUAAAAUUGUUAACUGGAUGCAGAAGAUAGGAUCACUUUGACGAGAAAGGUUUUGAGGAUCCAUCCCGCGGCGUGCGAAGUUACUGCGGCAGUUUUACCUCGUCCACGUUGCCACGAAUUCAUUUCUCACGUUUGCAUCCCAUUUUUUUGUGUGGAGAGACAAGGGUUUUUCCACUUUAUUGUCAAGCUGUCUGCUAGUGAUUGAGGUGUUGACAGUGAGCACAAUGUCGGGGCUGGAGAAGAGCGGCUUCGGCAUUGCGCACGACUUCAAGGGGCGGACGCAGGAGCAAUCAGAUUUCCCGAUUCUCUGCGAGACAUGCCUGGGUGAUAAUCCCUAUGUUCGUAUGCAGAGAAACAGGGAAGGCAAAGAAUGCAGGAUAUGUACGAGACCAUACACGGCUUUCAGGUGGAAACCGGGCCCGAAGGCGCGUUACAAGUCGACGGUCGUCUGUCAGACUUGUGCGAAGCUGAAAAAUGUCUGUCAGACUUGCUUAUUUGAUUUGCAGUACGGUCUGCCCGUUCAGGUUCGGGACAAGCUUCUGGAAGGAGCGAAGGUAGAACUACCUGACCAUCCACUAAACCGCGAUUACAUGGCCGACCGGCUGGAAAAGGCUGCUGAUCAACUUCCUUACGGAAAGCUAGAGGACCACGAAGGGAGACUACGAGCGAUCGCCAGAACUCAGCCAUAUUAUCGCCGGAACGCUCCAAGAGUUUGCACAUUCUGGCAAAGAGGGGAGUGUAAAAGAGGCGACGAAUGUCCGUACCUUCAUCAGGAAGUCCACCAUGACCCAGCUCUUGCGAACCAGAACCUCCGGGACAGGUAUAGUGGACAAGAUGACCCAGUUGCAGAGAAGAUUUUGCGCCUGGCGGCCAGCAAGCCUAACGCUGAUAGCGUAACGCCACCGGCGGACACGACCAAUACCACUGUGUUUGUUGGUGGUCUUACGAAAGGAGUCACCGAACAAGACCUACGAGACGCGUUCUAUGCCUUCGGAGAACUGCUUUCUAUCAAAAUGUACAGGGGGCAACAAUUUGCUUUUCUCUGUUACGCCGAGCGAAGUUCGGCAGAGGAGGCGGUUAAGCAGCUGCAUUCGAAUCUAGUGAUCAAAGGUGUGAGGCUUCGUGUCGCUUGGGCGAAACCGUCCGACAAAAAGAAAAAGCCUGAUGAUAAUGAUGUGACGGCAGCUCAGGAGGAUCCUGGUGUGACUGUGAUUCCUCCACCUCUUCCGGGCCUUCCUUCCAUCCGUGCUCCAGUACCUCUCCCAUUCAUGUUGGAUUCGGCGGAUGCAAAUCGCGGAGCCCCCGUGAGGCACAAUGUGGAGGCGGCAAGUGGAGUGCUACCUCCACCAAGCAUGUAUGGGGUGGGAGGCGCGACAGCGAUGUACGCGUCUAUGAAUCCCGUUGAAGCUGAGUAUAUGAAAAGAUGAUCAGGAAUCCGUGUCAUACGCUUACCCACGGAACUAAACGUUUUGCUCAAUCUCAUAAUGCGAACACGCGAACUCUAUGUGGUUCGAAGGGAAGAAAGUUCAAAUUUCAUCUUACGCCUGUGGAUGCGCAUUU